AUGCCAAAAUCAACAACAAGAGCUGCUGCUGCUACCGGUAUCUCUCCGAAUACCAUGGACCUCACAGACCGCACCACGUCUCGCCAACAACGCACAACCUCCGACCAACCCUCCGAUUCCGACCCAACCUCCUCUUCAGGCUCCUCUUCAGAGGACGAAAGCGACAGUGAAAGCGAAGACGAAGAGCACUCCGAUCAAGAAAGGAGUGGCGUCGAACAAUCAAAAUUGCACGGUCAUGCCGCCGAUUCUUCCUCCUCCUCACUACCUCACAUCGGCGGCCGCCCGAAACCGCGCAUACAUCGCAUCAAUGGCAGUUCGGGGCUGAUGUCACGGCUCAACGCUUUCUUGCCGAAGAUGAAAGAUGCAAACGAGGAUUUGGAGAGACAGAUUGCUGCUGGGAAGGCCGCAGAUCUGGUUCUUGAUAAUGCGGAUGAGAGUGGGGGACAGUAUAUUGAGAUGGAUCUGGGUCUCGGUGUUCUAGAAGAGAAGCGCGAGGGCGAUUCAUCCAGCGGGGAAGAAAGUGACGAAGAACCUGACAGUGCCGCUGGCACUGGAGAGAAGUCCCAAGAUAUGAUGGACUCGGAUAUCAUUGGCAAACUUAUGGGAGGUAAGGGCAAGAAAUCGGAGACGAAUAAGCCCUCUAUUCAGGAGAUGGCUGAGUAG